GGCUCUCCUGUCAGCUUCUAUGUACCCGUCUGAACAUUUGAAUCCAACUCUUUGGUCUUCAAAGGUGAAUUGAUGACGCGAAACUAAAUUCUUAUUUUGCGUACUACAAAACGUCUCAGCCUUCCGCAUUAAACAAUUCAAAUAUUGUAAUUACAAACUCAUAGACCGACUGACUUUCGAUUUAUCACAAUGGAAGUCUACAAAAGUGUCUACGAUUUGAUGCUCGCCAAAGCAAUCAGCUACGGCUAUGUUAAAGAACAGGUCCUCGAUAUACUAUCUGAAAGCCAUGAUCGGGUCGAAUUGAGCACGUUCAAGAAUAUUCCAGAUGGGGAGAAAUAUUGGAUGGCAGAGCGAUGGACCUGGGAGACACUUUUUGCCGACGAGUCGGCUGAAUUUCCAGGAGAGAAACCAAAGUGGAAGAGGGUAUCCAAGUAUUUGAAGCAAAACUUACCCGCGGCGGGAGAAACACCGAAAAGCACUCAAGUCAAAGCCAAUGAUUCAACUGCAUCGCCAAAGCCAAAGCCAAAACUUAGAGAUUUCCCUGCUGCACGACCACAGAACCUGGGCGACAAGACCUCUGAGGUUCCAAUUUCUAUGCCAAAAAGAAUUUUUUGCGUCGAUACACCUACUGAGAAAUCUAGCGGCGAAAAAGUUCCAAAAUCAGCAACCAGACUGCCAAAAACCUCACCAACAUCUCUUCCUUCGGAGAAAGAGUCGAAAAAACGACAGAAGCUCACCCAAUCCUCUGAAAUCGCUGAUGAAAAUGAUCUUAGGCUUCCGGGAGGAGUUUCGACCACAUUCUCUCAACUUAUAGAUGCAAAAAUCCAGAAGAAUAAGCCAACUCAUUGAACUAACAGAAUUCUGGUGACCGAUGUGCAAGAACCUCAGUGCACUUCAUCUCUUCAGGAAACCAUUUCGAAGGUGUAACUGGGGAUAGAACUGAGGGUAUUUUAGCGAGUGGGUAUUAAUGGAAGAUGAAUUGGGAAGAGGUUUUAAUUUCGAUGCACUCUUUGUUUGACCGGGAGUCGGUGAUAUCGGGUACGCAUCGGGCGAUCGUGUAAUCACUUCGGUUAUAUCAAUGCAAUUAGUUGGAUCACAAGAGAUCAUGACAUAGACAUCGCAGUGAUAUCUGACAAAAGAGUUCAGAGACUGCUCAUUUAGAUCCCAUAAUAUGUAAUGCGCCGAUAUUUAGAAAAUAAACACA